ACAUCACUCUCUGCAUUUGGUUUCUGCUCCCAGGGCAAAUACAUUUCCCUCUUUGGGUCAGUUUCAGGUGGAACCGCUCUCUGAAUACAGGAAGUAUUCCAGCUUAAAGUUACUCAACAAGUUGUUUUACGGUCAGUUUUACUUUCAACAAGUCAGUUUUCACUCUGACAACAUGUGCACUGGAAAAUGCUCCCGCUGCAUUGCGGUUGCUCUGUACCCAUUAGCGCUCAUAUCCAUCAUCUGCAACAUUGUGUUGUUCUUUCCUGGCGGGGACGUCAAGUAUGCCAAAGACGGACACAUUACUGAGGAGGUGAAAUACAUGGGGGGACUCGUUGGAGGAGGUUUAAUGGUGUUGCUCCCAGCCCUUUACAUCCACUUGACUGGAAAACAGGGGUGCUGUGGGAACCGCUGUGGGAUGUUCUUAUCAAUUGCAUUCGCUGCAGUGGGUGUGGCCGGUGCCCUGUACAGUUUAAUCGUGGCAGUGCUCGGUUUGCAAAAUGGGCCCCUCUGCAAAGUACUUCUGAUUUGGAGCACACCUUUUAAAGACAGAGACCAGAGUUACCUGACCGACAGCACGUGGUGGGGUACGUGCAUAGAGCCUAAGGGCAUUGUGCAGUUCAACAUCGGACUGUUUGCUACUCUGCUGGCCACAAGCUGUCUGCAGCUGGUUUUCUGUGCCAUUCAGAUGAUCAACGGGCUCUUUGGCUGCCUGUGUGGAACCUGCAUGGAGAAAGGGCCGCUGUGAGUUCCUGACGGUUGACUGGCGCUCCCUGCUGGAAGGUUGAGAGAAGUGUUCCUGCUUCAUUUGCAUGAAAUAUUUACUUUUGACGUUGUCGAUUUUUAUACUUUUUUGUGUGCAUUUCAUUCUGCUUAACGCUGCAAUAAAACACAUAGCUCUAAAGGAAUGCGAUGUAUUAAGGUAUGUUGUUAGAAAUAAAUCAUCUCAUUUAUAUGGUUCAUUUGAAAUAAAUUGGUUUUAAAUAUAA